AUGCCUAUCUAUACCCACCCCAAAGGCCCUUCCUUCUCCUCCUCCCUCCUCGACGCCAUCUACCACCGCCGCACCACCGCCACCAAAGCAGAGGACGACAUCGAGAAAUGGAUGCAAUCCCACUCCACCACCGAAUCCUCCUCCGCCUCAACAACAUCCAUCAACAAGCCCAAACCCAAGAAGCCCAUUUCACCAGCCGGAAAAAAAAUCUCCAACUUCUUCAACUCCAUUUUCAGCCCCCGCAACUUUAAAUCAUCAAGGCACUGCCUUGACGACGACGACGAAGAAUGGACCUCCUCCUCCUCCUCCAUGAGGAAGUCCAGAUCGAUGAAGGACGCAGCCACAACGACGUCGCGGUCUUGCCUCACCAAGAACGCCUCGUCGAGGCCCGCCAAGUCGGUUAGGUUCCUCGACCAGGACAAGCCCAAGAUUGGAAGCCAUUUUAUCAAGAAGAACAUCGAUUGCUAUGAGAGUACCGAGGAUGAUAUGAGCUGUGGUAGCUCGGAUUUGUUCGAGCUCGAAAACAUCGAUGACUUGCCGGUGUUUGAGACUACCAGUCUUCACAGCAUUGGAUGCUAA